AUGGACGUCAACAGGAGACUGGGGAUGAGGGACACCGUGCUGGCGCUUUUCCUCGCCGUUCUUCAGGGAUUUCCUCUUGGGGAAACAGCUCCGAAUCCAUCCCCGCUGGUUGGGUCUAACUGGGGGAACCCGAGGAGAUACAUCCACCUGCAGACCUCCACAGAUCUCAAUAACUUCUACUUGGAGAUCAGGCUGGAUGGCACCGUGCGUAAAACCACCGUCAGGAGUUCAUACAGUGUGAUUUUACUGAAAUCUGAAGCGAGAGAGCGCGUCGCCAUCUUCGGAGUCAAAAGUAACCGUUACCUGUGUAUGGAUGUGGAGGGCAACCCAUUCAGCUCUCCCGUCUGCAACAGGGAGGACUGCCUCUUCAACCACAGACUUCUGGAGAACAACCGGGACGUGUACUACUCCACUCGCACCGGCAUCCUCUUCAACCUGGAGGGCUCCCGGCAGGUGUUCGCUGUGGGCCAGAACCUUCCCCAGACCUCCAUCUUCCUGCCCAGGAAGAACACGGUCCCGCUGGAGCGCCUCCUGGUCAGGGAGAAGAGGAACCAGGAGGUGGAUCCCUCCGACCCGCUCAACGUCCUGUUGAGCAGGACCGAGGAGGGCUCGGACUCCCGGGCAGUGCCGGAGAACGACGACGCGGACCUGGAGCUGGAGGUGGAGGUGGAGUUGGAGGCCGGGGACGAUGGGCGCAACGUGUCCCGGGAGACGCAGCUGGCUCCGGCCGCCCACGACCCCUGGAACGUGCUGUCAUUCAACCAGGGCAGCCCACGGAGCUCCGGAACCAUGGGGUGA